GUGAAUCUUGAAUAUUUCUUACACAUUGCAAAUUCAUAUCACCAUCGCCUUGGUAAACGUGAUGUGUAUAUGUUCAUGCGAAAGUGCGCUAUGGGCAUCGUACAUGGGUAUGGACACGAGAAUACAUCAGUAUAUAUGUACAUAUAUAGAUAUAUGUGGAUGUAUGAAUGUAUGUAGCAUACAGCUCCUUUGCGUGAAAUCUAAGGCGUUAGGCGGCAAGUAACCGUACAAUGUGGGGUCAUCCACCAAAACUUGCGAGUUGCUGAUGUCUUAAAAUGGGCUAUAGUUUUUAGUUGAUAGAAUGGAGUCAAUUAUAAUUUUUCGAAUGUACCAAUCUACUUUCAAAACUAUAGGGCUGUGUAUGAGUAUAUACAUAGGCUUGCAUAUACGGUUAAAACGCGUUACAACGUGUAGUGGCUUGGGCAGAGUGUAAUAUGUGCCACUGAUAAUAAUGGAAGGAUAUGGCGUAGAGUAAAUGUGAAAAGAACGUGUAUAGUGCCAAAUUCAUGCCUCACAUCAUGGAUUUUUCCUUAUUCUUCUUACACGUUUUCCUGCAUCAAAGUUAGCGCAAGCAGCACAUUAAAGGCCUUUAACGUCGUCACCGUCGCUGUCUUUGUGUUAGUUCAUACAAUAUUCGCCGUUAAUCAUUGUACUUUUGACUGUCACCGAAAACGGCGGACAGUUUUGCUACCAAACCCACGAUAACAAGAAACGGUCAGCACAAGUGACCGAUUGUGGAAGCCAACCGCAACUGCCAUCCACCACCACCACCAACACUACCAAUAUGUCACCUUAUAUACUUCAAUGUGUGCUUGUGCGUGUGUACGCCUAUAUGUCUUUGACGACUGCCUGUUUGUAGUGAGGAAUCCUUUCGCCGCGCUAAUUCAAUAUUCGCUCACGAGAAUCGCGGUAGUUUGUCGCCGAGCGCGAAGUUUAUAGGUUCGCUGUCAAAACCAAAACAAAAACACGGUCACAUCCUUGCUGUACUCGAAAGAGUCAACACAAACUAGUCAUCGCAACACAAGACAAAUUGUUGUUUACAGGCUGUGUACCGCAUUUUGUAAUACGGGCGCUAUUCAAACAUAACAAAAAAAAAAACAAGUAGUGAUUAUAACUCUGUGAAAUUUGUUCCACAUCAUAAGAGAUGCUGUUUGUUUUGUGCUUCCAUUCAAUUCCAAAAAAUCUUUAUGCCAAAUAUACAUAAGCAGAAAAAGGCAAAUAACUCACAAACAUUUGCUCGCAUCGUUUGAGUUAAUUAACGCCAUUAAAGUUGACAUCGCAAGCAAUUUGAGUCUCUUGUUCUAACGAGAAACCAGACGGGGUUUUGUGGAACUGUUGAAUUAAUCUUGAUCAGUGCUACAAAAACUGCUAUAAUCGAAGGAUUAAGAAAACAAGUAAAUACAUUUUAUAAAAAGAAUAUUGCGAGACUUGUCGAAUCGAAAAAAAUUCCAACAAAAUUCAAAGCGGUGCUGAAACUCACACACACAUUGGAAAUCUAUUUUAAAAAAAAUUCAAACUGUUCGACAACGGCUUAAAGUUGGAUAUUUCCAGCUACCCCCACAUGAAUAUACGCAUCAGCACCAAGGGCAAGCGCCCUUUACGGAGCUUGACUCCUAGUGACAAAGUACAUGCAAUACAGCGAAUACAUGAUGGCGAAUCAAAGGCGUCAGUAGCUCGGGAUAUAGGGGUUCCUGAAUCCACAUUGCGUGGUUGGUGCAAGAAUGAGGACAAAUUACGUUUUAUGUCACGCCAAGCAUCAGCCGAGAAGUUCGGAAACGACUCUAUAGUAGAUAAAUUGGAUGGGACCACGCCAAAUAUGUUGGGAGGUCCCCCUGAAAAAAGGCAACGUUUAGACGCUUCCAUGGCUUUGAAUUUUUCAAAUAAGAUUAAAUUUGACCGUGCUCCAAUCAACGGACUAGAUUUUAAUACCAACAAAACCUUGGUAGAAUUGGGAAAGUUCAGUAAUAUAGCACCAGACUAUGCAUCUUUCAAUGGCUCUGUCAAGAAAACACUAUAUGGUGCUGAUAUUUCACGAUCGGCAGAACCAUCCAUUGCCGCUAUCAGCCCUCUUUCUAAUCUGACACAUCUGUCUGGACUAACGGGUCUAAAUCAAUCCCCUCUUGCGAUUAGUUUUAAUGAGCUUACGACAAACUUGACAUUAUUAGCGCAACUUAAUCCGAACUUGGCAGCAAUGUCCAGUGGUUUAUCCGUUUCCGGAAGCACAAUGCGCAGCACAAACACAAAAACAAAACCCCCAGCACAUCUCAAUAGUCCACGUGGCGAAUCGAGCGAAAGAUCGACGGGCCUUACCGUAAAAAACUGGGCAAAACAAAGUUCAUCUACACCUACCCCAACCGAUCCUACUUCCUGCAGUCUAAAUUCAUACCAAAAUGAUGAGAAGUUGCACAUAAAAAGCCCUAAUACAUCCUUAUCUACAUCAACGCCAAUAGGUACGACGGUGCCUUCCCUCUCAUCCAUCUCAGAAGAUCCUCUCCUAUACUGGCUUAAGUCUCAACAAACUGCACUGGGUCUCAACAAUUUAUAUCCCCAUACCCCUGUGUUAGGAGCACCAAGUCCCCCAAUUCGUUCGUCAACACCUCAACAAUCCAGCUUUAAUGCGGGGACACCACCAAUAAUACCUAAUCCUUUAACACCCUCGUCCACACCCUCUGGCAGCCUAGAUGAUAAGAAUGCUGCAUGGUUCAAUUGGUGCAAAGCGUUUGGAGUAAGUUUAAACUCACUUGCCCCAGCUGCAGUCGUUUCAGCACUACACGCCAAUGGCGUUAGUAACACUGCUCUCACAACUAACCUAGGGGAUAAAUCUAUCACUUCAAAACUCGGAUUUGAAAAUAUAUUGUAUUCUCAACUUACAAAAGACGCAAAUUGUUCUCCCCAAAGUGGCGUAUCUGUCGAGCUAUCACAAAAUCUUGAUAUUUCGAACAAACCUGAAGAUCUUUCUUCAAAAUCAUUUAAAACCAAAAACUUCUCGCCGACUCCGGAAUUAGCAGCUGAUAGUUUACUAUCAAAUAUUACCAGCAAUCCCAGAAAUGUGCAAGAUGUGCUUGACAAUGCAUCCGACUCCGCUAGCUUACAAGUGCCGCGAAGUAGAGUAGCUGAAUGUAGGGAUGUCCUUGACAACCUUCUCUAUAGGAUCAACAGUACUCCCAAUGCGCCCUCUGGAAUUAGUGAUUCUGACGCCAGCUACUUAAACGAUCAAAAUGAUGGGAACCUUUGCCCGCAUAACAACAACAACAAUAAUUCCAAUAAGACAGACGAAGAAGAGUGGUCGAAAUGUAAUGAGCAUGAAGAAGAUUCGGAAUACAGCGAAGCUAUCAAACAUGGCGAGAAAUUCCUGAAGUGGCUGGAGAAUUGCAGUAAUCCGCGAGUAACUGCAGUUCAGUUAAUGCAAUUGAGAUUUCUUAUUUCCUCCGUUAAAGGGGUCGAUGAGCCAACAAUAAAAAAUGAGGACAACUCAAGUUCGCCAAAACAUUUUUCCACCAUCGAAAUUGAUGGCUCCUCAGAGGAAGGUAAUCGUUCCAAACCACGUCGCCGUAAAUAGGACCAACCCAAAUUGGCUUCAAGUAUACCAACUCAGACGGCAAAGAGAGUAAUGUCUGAGACGUUUUCUUAAAUCGUGCCAACAAGUGCUUCCAAAAACAUAGAUUCCUGUACACAGAAUUGGCAUAUAUACAUAAUUGCGUAGUCAACGGAACUCAAAACAGUUUAUCUUCUGCAUACUUCCAAUAGUCCCCAAAAACAGUGGACGAAAACAUCUUAAACAUUCGUUUAUUUGACGUUCUAGCUUCCUAUAACACACGCAUAUUGCGGAUUUCAGAUCGGAAUUACAAUUAGUUUUUAGAUUAAGUUUUAUUCCUGUAUGAGAUACAUUUGUAAAAUUGCUCUGAGUUUCACAAAAUUACCAAAACAUUAAAACUUCCGAUGUAACAUAAAC